CAUUGCAUGAGCACACACGCACAUACUCUUCGUAAUAGUAUUGCAAGAUGGUUGCCGAACAUGCCGCUACGGCACCUGAUCGACGAUUCUUGAGGGACGAUGAUGAGGAUACAGAGCAAAAUACCAAAGUCCAUGAGAAGAAUAAUAAUGGUGAGGAGGACGACGACGACGAUGCUGAUGAUUAUGAUGGCGACCAUGAUAAUGAUAGUGAUAACAAUGGCGACCAUGAUGCUGAUAAUGAGAAUGAUGAUGGCCAUGAUGCUGACAAAGGGAAUGAGAACGACCAUGAUGUUGACAAUGAUAUCGAUGGCGACCAUGACAUAAAUGCUGGUAGUAGCAACGGGGAUGGUGGAGGUGAUGUUGAUGAUGAUGAUGAUGACAACACUGGUAGCAUCAAUGGUGGUGGUAGCGGUGGUGGUGGUGAUGAUGAUAAUAGCAACACCGGUAACAUCAAUGGUGGUGAUGAUGGUGAUGAUAAUAACAGCACUGGCAACAUCAAUGGUAGUGAUGAUGGUGAUGAUAAUAGCAACACUGGUAACACCAAUGGUGGUGAUGAUGGUGGUGAUGAUAAUAACAACACAGGCAGCAUCAAUGGUGGUGGUGAUGAUGGUGAUGAUAAUAACAACACAGGCAGCAUCAAUGGUGGUGAUGAUGAUGGUGAUGAUAAUAACAACACAGGCAACACCGAUGGUGGUGAAGAUGAUGAUGAUAACGACGGCGGUGACGGUAGCGGUGUCGGAGAUGAUGACGACGACGGUGACAAUGGCAGUGGCGAAAACGAUAAUGUUGGUGAUGAUGAUGAUGAUGAUGAUAACAUCAAUGGUAGCGACGGUAAUGAAAAUGGUGAUGGCAAUGAACGUGCAGAUAAUAAUGUGGGUGAAACUGAUGAUGGUACGGAUGGCACCCUGGGUGACGGUGGGGUAGUGAAUGGGAACAUCACUGACUUUGGCCAACAGCAAGGGGGGGGUAUCAGUACAGUCACGGAUGAGAUAGACUUACCCACCGACACAGGAACUGCCGUCCCCAGUGCUGAAAGUAGUGGUAGUGCUACCAUUGGCGAUCGCAGCGAUUUAGAUCCCAACAACAACGGGGGCUAUAACUUGCUGGACACCAUGAAAGGGACAGUUUGCGAGUGUAUAGUGAGCUGCAACUUCCUGAAAAGUCGCCAAGAAGAACUAAUUGCUAAUCUCCAAACAGGUGCGGUCUCUGUACGGGAGGGCCUACCACAGUGGUGCGACUGUGAAACAACCGGUGAACCGGUCACAGUAAAUACGAACGACGGGGGCGAAUCGUUGGCGACAGCUCCCACAGUACCCAGCACUCGAUUGGGUGAGGGAUGCGAUGUGCAGUCUAUAUGCUUCCAAAAGCUAGACACCACCGUGGCACCGACGUUUGGCAAGUCCAAGCCUGACAAUAGCUGGUAUGUGUGCGAUGCAUACAGAGACCAAUACGAUCCGGAAGUGAUCGUAUCAUUUCCUUCCACCGUGAAUACAAACUCUGCAGGCAACACACAGUCGACACUCGAGCAGAGCAGUGACAAUACUCUAGCCAUUGCCCUCGGAGUGACAUUUGGUGUGCUAUUCUUGUUGCUGCUGUUGCUGUUGCUGUUGCUCUUCCUCCGCAGAAAGCGUAACAAGCGCAACAAGGCGGCUGCGAAGGUGGUCGAUGCGUUCAAAUUCGGUGAUCAGAACACCAACAAUGCUUUCAAGGCACCACCGGUGGUAAGCAAUCCCAUAUAUGCCGAAAGCAACGAGACUAGAACAACAACGACAACAACACAGAAAUAGAUAUGCAGAGAAAGCGUACAUGUGGAUGGCCAAUGCAUACGUUUCAUAUCUUUUUCACUUAACAAACAAUGCGAGUACACAUUGUCGUCGAGAUUUUAUUGCGUUCACAUUGUCUCACUAUUCUGCAAGAAUUCCUAACGUCUUCACCACAACGAGUGGAGGUAAUACAUAAAUAGUCAGGAGUAAAUGCAAACACAAAACAGCGAAACCAGAGGAACUACACAAGAGACAAGAAUAAAUAAUAAACAACAUCCAUACCAACCCGA